AGAUUCCCAUUCUGUAACGUUUUUUGGUCAUGCUUCUCCUUCAUGCUGACUUACCUUUUCAGAAAAUGCCCCCGCUUCCGUUGGAGAAUGGAAAUUGGCGGAGAGAGAGGGAAAACGUCCAAUUUGCGCCUUUGCUAUUUUAGGGGAGGUGGAAAUUAAGAGCCAAAGUGGAGUGACGCGCUCACUGGAGUGACCUCCGUUCCCUGAGACAGGAGAAAACCCAGGUCCGCUGCUCGUGAAGUGGCUCGAGCUCUUUAGGCGUGAGGCAUUAUUACAUAAAUUCAAGCUCGCUCCUGAUCCUUAGUACCCUGAGUUGCCUGAAGGGGGUAAUGGCACUGCCUGCGUGUGGAGCCCGGGCGCUCGGGCGGCCGCUGCAGCCGGAGCGAGGAGCGCCCGCCCGCACCACCUGUCCCCGCCGGCAUUCCAGAGUAGAGGCCGAAUUGGCAGCGAGCCGGCCCGGAUCAGUCGCCGCCUCAGCCCGCGCGGGCCCUCCUAGGGGUGUGUCUCGCGGAUUCAACUCCCAGCCGCUCCUGGACGAGCCCCUAAAGGCGUCUUCCUCCCUGGCGGGAGCCGCGCGCGCCCCAAUCUUCGCGCUGCUGCCCCGAGGCCGCCGCAGGCGGAUGCACGACCUCAGGAGACGGUGGGACCUGGGCUCCCUCUGCCGGGCCCUGCUCACUCGGGGCCUGGCCGCCCUGGGCCACUCGCUGAAGCACGUGCUCGGUGCGAUCUUCUCCAAGAUUUUUGGCCCCCUAGCCAGCGUCGGGAACAUGGAUGAGAAAUCCAACAAGCUGCUGCUGGCUUUGGUGAUGCUCUUCCUAUUUGCCGUGAUCGUCCUCCAAUACGUGUGCCCCGGCACAGAAUGCCAGCUCCUCCGCCUGCAGGCGUUCAGCUCUCCAAUGCCGGACCCGUACCGCUCGGAGGAUGAGAGCUCCGCCAGGUUCGUGCCCCGUUACAAUUUCAGCCGCGGCGACCUCAUGCGCAAGGUAGACUUCGACAUCAAGGGCGAUGACCUGAUCGUGUUCCUGCACAUCCAGAAGACAGGAGGCACCACUUUCGGUCGCCACCUGGUGCGCAACAUCCAGCUGGAGCAGCCCUGCGAGUGCCGCGUGGGUCAGAAGAAAUGCACUUGCCACCGGCCGGGUAAGCGGGAGACCUGGCUCUUCUCCAGAUUCUCCACGGGCUGGAGCUGCGGGCUGCACGCCGACUGGACCGAGCUCACCAGCUGCGUGCCAGCCGCGGUGGACGGCAAGCGCGACGCCAGGCUGAGGCCGUCCAGGUGGAGGAUUUUUCAGAUUCUAGAUGCGGCAAGUAAGGAUAGACGGGGUUCUCCAAACACUAAUCCAGACGCCAGCUCUCCAUCAUCCACAAAGGCCCGGAACACAUCUAAGAGUGGGAAGAACUUCCACUACAUCACCAUCCUCCGAGACCCAGUGUCCCGGUACUUGAGUGAGUGGAGGCAUGUCCAGAGAGGGGCGACAUGGAAAGCAUCCCUGCAUGUCUGUGAUGGAAGGCCCCCAACCUCCGAAGAGCUGCCCAACUGCUACACUGGUGAUGACUGGUCUGGCUGCCCCCUGAAAGAGUUCAUGGACUGUCCCUAUAAUCUGGCCAACAACCGCCAGGUGCGCAUGCUCUCUGACCUGACCCUAGUAGGCUGCUACAAUCUCUCUGUCAUGCCCGAAAAGCAAAGAAACAAGGUCCUCCUGGAAAGUGCCAAAUCGAAUCUGAAGCACAUGGCGUUCUUCGGCCUCACUGAAUUUCAACGGAAGACCCAGUAUCUGUUUGAGAAAACCUUCAACAUGAACUUUAUUUCGCCAUUUACCCAAUAUAAUACCACUAGGGCCUCUAGUGUAGAGAUCAGUGAGGAAAUCCAAAAGCGUAUUGAGGGACUGAAUUUUCUGGAUAUGGAAUUGUACAGCUAUGCAAAGGACCUCUUUUUGCAAAGGUAUCAGUUUAUGAGGCAGAAGGAGCAUCAGGAAGCUAGGCAGAAGCGUCAGGACCAACGCAAAUUUCUGAAAGGAAGGUUCCUUCAGACCCAUUUCCAGAGCCAGGGCCAGGGCCAAGGCCAGAGCCAGGGCCAGGGCCAGAGCCAGAAUCCGAGUCAGAAUCCAAGUCAGCAUCCGAGUCAGAACCCAAAUAUGAAUGCAAAUCAGAAUGUGACUCAGAAUCUGAUUCAGAAUCUGACUCAGAAUUCGAGCCAGAAGGAGAACCAGGAAAGCCAGAAGCAGAGCCCAGGCCAAGAGCAGAGCGAUAGCAGCGCCAGCAAUGGCACCAGUGACUACAUAGGCAGUGUAGAGAAAUGGCGCUAGAUGGCUCCCAAAGGCUUUUGCACACUUCUCCCAGAGCGCCAGUUAAAAUAGAGCAUCUCUUAAAAGACAUGAGUGUCCAAACACAUUCAGCUUCCUUAAGUUUGGAAGUCAAAAAAAGUUAAGAUGUUGCCUUUACAGUUGCCUUUCAAUUGAAUGUUAUACUGUGCGUGGGUAAAACAAAUUUCAAUAUGUAAUUAAAUCAUCUUUUUUUGGGUUUGUUGGAGAAUUUAUAAGAUCCAAAAGCCAAACCAGACUCACCAGAAAUUGCUGUUUAGAUAUUUUAAGACGUCUUUAAUUUGUUAUAGAGACAAAAUGAAAACGUAAAAUGUGGCCGUUUAACUUAUGGCGAAGAAAUGGACUUUCAAUUAUUCAUGAUACACUGUUAAAAACCCAAUCUUGGAAGCAAACAUUUUUUCCAGGGGGGUGAACAUGAAUAUAAACACUAAAAAAUCUAAAAUGCACCAUGAAACUUUUAUUUUCUUCUGAUUUUAACAAGGAAUCAAUUUAAACAGAAUAAGAACUGAUGGUAAAUUUUACCGAACUGUAGAAAAUAAAAAUUUUCUCUCCCAAACAUGGGUAAUUUUAUGUAAAAGUAUUGGCUUUUCAAGUAGAACAGGACUCAUAUCUUGUUAUUUAAGAGAUGUUUAAAAUUUUAAACUUUUUCUACCUUCUACUGUUUAAAGGUUUUAAACAGGGUGUAUCUCACAUUAAACAAAUCGCUUUUUUUUCCCCCAAAUGGAAUACCAAUACAAAGGUCUAAUUUCCAGAUGCUUUCUGGACACUGUAAUUUCAACAAUUUUCUAAUCUUUUUGGCACUGCUUCUCAAUCAUUUUAAAGUUUCUCCGAGUUGUGCUCAUUCCAAACUAACCCAUUUAUAGAAUCUUUCUUCAUCAUCUACAUGGUGUGUUGCUGAAUUUAUUGUGAUAUAUAAUCCUGGAUUAAUAUCAGGAUUUUCUUUCUAUAGAAUUGUCUUAUCGAUGUUUGUGUAGUGAGGUCCUUGUCAAGAAACUCUUGAACGGGAUAAUGUGUCUAAAAAUAUUGCUGAAAUUAUUCUUAAUCGUAUAAAAUUGAAUCUGAAUGUGAAUGAAUUGUUAUUUACUUUUUGUAUAUUUCUAUUGUUAUGUUUCCUGUUGGGCUGGCUAUUGUUAGCCCACUAGUUCUUUUUCUUGUUGACGGAUCGUAGACAAUUUCAAGAGAAAGAAAACAGUAGAAUAAGCAUUAGGACAGCCAGAGUUAUUCAGGAAUUCCAGAAGCUGUACUUCCAUACUUUGUGUUGACCCUCUACCAGGUUUUGUUUUAAGAGAAGAAGAGUGUUCUGCACUGAGAUCAAGAAUCAGGAGCAUAUGGGUUGAGGAAAGCGAUUUAGUAUCAUAAGUCCGUGCAUAAAUAUUUUAGGGUAUCAAUUAUGAAUCGAGCAGGGCAAAAUGAAGUAUGUAACCUAUUGUGCUACCAAACGUCAUGAAACUGGGAAGUUUCCACUUUAUGAGUUUUGCUAUUUUUGUAAGGACUCACACUAACCCCCUGGCUGUCAACCAAACAAGGCAACUGGAAGUGGCAUUUUUUUCAAAAGGGACAUGCUUAGAAGUGUAACCAUAAAGUCACAUCUUGUAAAACCUGUUCAUUUGCAUGCUCAAGUUUCAUCUGUAAUAAUAUGGCCACAAGCUGGACAGGAAGCUGAAUAUUUGGUUUUAAAAAUAAAUUUUCUUGACUCUGAGCUUGUGUCAACAUAUCUAAAUUUUGUUUUGUCCAACGGUAUUGCAGUCCUGGGAAUUCUGAGAUCUGAAAAACUGGAAGGAAAUUAAAACCAAACACACCUUGAAGUCAGAGUUUUAGAGUGCAACUAUUUUGUGUACAUUGUGUUUUUAAGAUAAAGGUUCUGUAGAUAUCACUGUGGUAUUACAAGUUUAUUUAGGUUUAAUCGAUCAUGUUUGCUCUCACAACUGAUAAGUACUGUUGGAAAGCAGGAUGAAGCCCGAGCCAGUGGAAAAGCUUGUCACAAAAAAAUCAUGUUGUGUUACUGCUGUGGUGUGCAUGGUUUGCAGAGCUGAAGUGCAUUUUCUCUGUCUAUACUGAUUAUUGUACAUAGGGGAUGUUAUAAAUAUACAUUUUUGUCAUCAUGUAAAUCCCACGAUUUCAACUGUAAACAUCUGUCCAAUGGUGUAGCUUUACAAACCAUUCACUGAUUUUGUGUAAUUUAACAAUAGAUAUGAAAUAAAGUUUAAAUG